CAAUCAGUGCGUUUAAUAUCCUUGUGCCAAAGACUAUCAAGAUCUUUCUUGUCCAGAAGUAACAUGAGUGUCGCUAGGAGUGAUGAUACUCUGGAUGAGGAGGAUUCUUUUGUGAUGAAAGCUAUUAUUCAUGCCAUCAAUGAUGACAAUGUUCCUGGAUUACAGCACCUUCUGGGAUCUCUUACAAAUUAUGAUGUCAAUCAACCCAACAAGCAUGGAACACCUCCGCUACUGAUUGCUGCUGGCUGUGGAAACAUUCAGAUGCUUCAGUUGCUUUUAAAGCGUGGAUCCCGUAUUGAUGUUCAAGAUAAGUCUGGAUCUAAUGCAAUCUAUUGGGCUUCUCGACAUGGUCAUGUAGAAACACUGAAAUUUCUCAAUGAUAAUAAAUGUCCUUUGGAUGUUAAGGAUAAGUCUGGGGAGACCGCUUUCCACGUUGCAGCUCGUUACGGGCAUGUGGAUGUGGUUCAAUUUCUCUGUAGCAUUGGAUCCAAUCCAGACUUUCAAGACAAGGAAGAAGAAACCCCACUGCAUUGUGCUGCUUGGCACGGCUACUACUCUGUUGCCAAAGCACUCUGUGAAGCAGGUUGUAAUGUGAACGUUAGAAACAAAGAAGGGGAGACUCCGCUCCUGACAGCAUCUGCUCGGGGUUACCAUGAUAUUGUGGAAUGCUUGGCAGAACAUGGAGCUGACCUUGAUGCAACAGACAAGGAUGGUCACAUAGCCCUACACCUUGCUGUGAGAAGAUGUCAAAUAGAAGUGGUUAAAACUCUCAUCAGUCAAGGAUGUUUUGUGGAUUUCCAAGACAGACAUGGCAAUACUCCCUUACAUGUGGCAUGCAAAGAUGGGAAUGUUCCUAUUGUGAUGGCACUCUGUGAAGCAAGUUGUAAUUUGGAUGUCACUAAUAAGUAUGGAAGAACACCUUUACACCUGGCAGCAAACAAUGGCAUUCUUGAUGUUGUCCGGUUCCUGUGUCUUACUGGUGCCAAUGUAGAGGCUUUAACCUCU